GAAUUAAAAAUACCGUAAACAAAAGUACUACGAUGUGAAGUAGUUGUUUAGUGUAAUUGCAUGGCGCGUUUUCCUUAAAUUUAUCCAGCAUAUUCAUUAUUAAAAGUCAAAACUAUUCUUAAAAAUUAUACUGAAAUGGCGUGCAUUCUUCACUUAAUAUAAUACAGAUACAUGCAAAUAAAGAGCGUAGAAUAUAAAUGCCUUGAUGUCAUGAAUGAAGCAGCAAAAGAAAAAGAAACUUCAAAUAAUAAAAAAAUUAUCUUCAAUUAUCCAUUGCUUAAAGAGUCAGACAUGUCAGAAGAAAUGAAAAGUGAUACCAUGGAUCUUUGUGUUACAUCUUUUGAAAAAUUUGGAGCAGAUCAUGAGAAGGUUGCAAAAUUUAUCAAAGAAACUUUAGACCAGAAGUAUGGAUCACCAUGGCAUGUUGUUGUUGGUGAAGCAUUUGGAUUUCAAAUAUCUCAUGAUGCAAAACAUUUAAUGUAUAUGUUUUUGGCAGGCAACAAAGCAAUAUGUGUAUGGAAAUGUUCUUGAGAAUAUAUUUAAAAUUAGAAAAUUGCUUAUGUAUUUACUUCUGUAUUAUUAUUAUUAUUUAUAUUAGAACAUAUAUUUUUUAUGUAUAUAAAUUGAUAAUAUAAUUGUAUUGAAUAUAAA